AUGUUUUUCCUAUACAACAUGGAGCGGAGGGUCACCCUGCAUCCGUCCUACUUUGGCCGUAAUAUGCACGACCUUGUGACCAGCAAGCUGCUGAAAGACGUCGAAGGUACCUGCGCCGGCAGCUACUACAUCAUCUCUAUCAUGGACACCUUCGACAUUUCCGAAGGCCGGAUCUUACCGAGCAAUGGUCUCGCAGAGUUUACUGUUGGAUAUCGCGCGGUCGUAUGGCGGCCAUUCAAAGGAGAGACGGUUGAUGCCGUUGUCUACUCCAUCAAUCCACAGGGUUUCUUCGCCCAAGCUGGUCCCCUCAGGCUGUUUGUGUCUGCUCAUCUGAUACCCAGCGACAUCAAAUGGGACCCCAACGCGACACCUCCACAGUUUACUAACAACGAAGACACCGUCAUCGAGCCGGGUACACAUGUGCGUGUCAAGAUUAUCGGUACCCGAACAGAAGUCGGCGAAAUGUGGGCUAUCGGAAGCAUCAAAGAGGAUUAUCUUGGAUGCCUUCAAGAUUAA